AUGAAUCCACUAUUCAAUCAAAAUAAUGAUAUCAAUGCCGUAACCAAAGAACUCAAGAAAUCGCUGCUUUCAUUUUCCAAUAGACUUCAAUCAAUAAUUCAUGAUGCAAAAUUUGUUAAACUUGUACAUCGGGAACUACAAUUACCGUUAAUUGCCAAUGAACGAUGUGGAUUAUGGUACGUUCCACCAAAUGAACGUGUCAAUACUUGUUACUUCAAAUCAACUGAUGGUCAUACCAAUGUUUGGUCUUUUUCUUUACGACGAUUGAAUUUGCAUCUUUUACCAAUAGUUAAUGAAAACGGAGGAAUAAUUGUCGUUGAUUCAACCAGACGAGGAAAACCAAUGCCUGAUGCUCUAUUAAAGACGAUUCCUAUAUGGUGUGCUGUUGUGAAUACUAUCUUUUUUGGAGAAUCGCCAGAUGGAAGUUGGCUACGAACUCCAUUGAUUGUACCACGAAGUGAACAUAAUUCUAUUGAGAAACUCAUACCGAAGUUUGUUGAGAACGUGAAGGAAUUAAAAUUGUUUGAUGGGGAGACGAAUAAGUUAGAUAAACCGUUAAUUCCAAGAUUUUUUUACCCAGGUUGUGCUAGUGAAGAGUUGGAUAACGAUAUGUUCAAUAUUUGUUGUGUAUCUGUCUCAAAACAAGUCCCUGUGCAUAAAACGAUAGCCACUAGAGGAGAUGAUGGGACAAUGGUUAGUUUUGAUUAUGUACAGGGGGCAGCUGAUGAUCAUGAAUUAUGGGUUCCCAAGUCAUUAGUCAGAUUCGAUGCUAAUGGAUUCUGGCAGGUUUUGGAUAGAUUAAUUGAUCCAUCAAUUGGAUACAUUCCAUCGUGGAGAGGAGACGAUGAAUUGUUGAAUAUUAUUCGAGGUCUGAUAAAGAGUGAUACCUCCCUGAGUUUUGAAGUGCAAACAGUGGGUGGAACAGGAAUUUACUUUGGAUCAGUAAACCAUGACGUUUCUUUCGAUGAGCUUCCGUUUAAUACGGUUAUAUUGCAUGAUGGUAUCAAAGUGUUCGACAAGGAUGACAGUUCUACUAAACAAGUAAAUCAAUACCACAUUCCCAAUAAUAAAAAAGGUUCAAAUAUGCUACGCUCACUAAUGCCAAAGAUUAUUCCAAAGAUUGAUCUACUGUCACCAAUCUUGAUCUUAUGUGGUACCGGUAAAGAUCUAAGUGUUGGACUAGUUUUGGUACUACUUUGUCUUUACUUCAACCUUGAUUGGGAGAAAGUGGAUGAAGCUCCACCAAUCAACAAAAACUUGAUUAAACAACAUCUAGGUAAACUAUCUAAUCUAUACAAAGUUAACCCUCAACGAAGUACAUUACAAAGCAUCAAUAGUUAUUUAUUUUCAAAUAUAUAG